AACAACCUUACCGAUUUGUCUCUCGCGCUCCUCAGCCUACGUUGCGGGCGGCGUGUGACCGUUUUCUUGCGCUAUCAUGCACGUACUUUAGGGGUGUGUGCAUUGCAUGGCUUGCAGAUUUCCUGCGCUCUGCAAGUACAAGUAUCAGCUGCACCCCACUGCUGUACGGCUGAAGAUGGCGGCGCUGCCUUACUACUACCACUAUUGAUAACACACUCACCGACCCAACAUGUUCUACGCUGUCCUGGAGCAGACAAUAUCUGCAGAUCGUUUGAGUUCGAACAACAACCUCAAUGCCGCCGACGAAUCAAGAGCCGAGCAAUCUUUGACACCAACCGCUUCCUCUCAUACGUCCGAAGCAACGCCACUCCAUUACAAAUGCCCUUGGGAUCCGACUCGACAACUCUGCUUCGCGAAGCUCUGGAGCGAGGACGAUGUCGAACAAUGGCGACUACGAGACCUUCGAACUCAAACCAGACAGAGACCUGGCGAAUCACAUCGACUGCGUCUCGGCUCACCCGUCCCCCGACCUCACGACAUCGACAAGCAUGAGAUCCCCUCGCUUACCCGCAGCGAGGGUCGAUAUUUGGUGAUAUACGAACAAGCACUGUCAGACCGAACAACUCCGAUGCGAUACCAAGACAUUCCAGUCCUUCUGGGACCUAUUGAAGAUGGUGAAACCGAUACCCAUGCUUCAGGCUCGUGUAUACAAGUGUUGAAGGGACUGGUCGAUUCUGCGGUAUACCAAAGCGAGAGAAAUUUGUUAUGGCUCUCGGCGUGGCCUACACAAGAUGCUGCUGUGGCAUACGUGGACUCGAUCGAUCGGGUCGAAGGAGAUAGUGUGGGUCUCAUGAAAGUGCUGCGAGACGACAGGAUAGAAGCCUCUCAACGAGAAAUGGCGAAAUGGUGACAGUCAGCAGCUGGGCGAGGCGUUAUUGAUAUGAAGGCAUGAAAACCGUCCCGUGGUUCUAUUGAGCGUUUGUUUUGUUCGUUAUUAUGAGCGUGUCGUUCCAACUUCUUCUGCUAUUUUGCUUCGCAACAACUUUUAACUUCAGUCUUCAACAAUG